UCUCUUUGCUUGCUCGCUCACUCACCCUCUCACUCAUCCUCUCAGUGUGUGAAGAAGACUGCUGGCCCAAACUUGGGAGAGGACAAAGCUGGUUGUUUAUCUUUUUCUACUCUUCCUUUGACCCUGACAUAGAGAAAGGAAAGGACACAGACUGAGAGAUAAAUUAGAAGACAGGAGGAACAAGAUAUACUUUUGUGAAACUUCAGUAGUGAUGGUGCCUGAGCUUGUCAAACACUAACAAAAGUCAGGCAGUUUAUACUCUGAGAGUUAGUGAUUUAGUGACUGAAAUAUUUACACCCUUACGAUUUGGGAUUGCUGAGCGCAGCGGCAGGAGAGAAUGAGGUCAAGGACCAGUGCCAUGGAAGGUCCAGAGGACGAACACAUCAACGUGGCCCCGCCCACCAAAACCUUCAUCCGAGAGGAAAAGGAGAACACACCGGAGCAGAUGAAGAGCAAGAUGAAGGGUCAGCAAGGUGAAAGAGAGAGGAAAACGGCUGUGUCAGCAACGGGGAAAACGCCUCCAAAAAACUCGGGGAGAAAAUCGGGACUGAUAGAUCUCUCUAAAGAAGACCUUCUCCGCCUGCUGGGUGUGAUGGAGGGAGAGGUGCAGGCACGAGAAGACAUCAUCCACAUGUUGAAGUCGGAGCAUCCACGACCAGAAGCCCUGGAGGCUCACUACGGCUCGGCGCUCCCCUCCAAGCCCCUCCUGGCCCUGCAGAGAGACAGCCUGCUGACCACCAACACGACAGCUCUGGACGACGUCUACGACAGACCCAUGGCUGAGCUCGACCGGCUGGAGGAGAAGCAGAGGGAGACGUACCGGCGCAUGCUGGAGCAGCUGCUGAUGGCGGAGAAGUGCCACCGGCGCACGGUCAACGAGCUGGACGGAGAGAAGCGCAAGCACGCCGACUUCAUGAACAAGAGCGACGACUUCACCAACCUGCUGGAGCAGGAGAGGGAGAGAUUAAAAAGGCUGCUGGAGCAGGAAAAGGCAUACCAGGCUCGUAAAGACAAGGACCACAGCCGAAGGCUAGAGAAGGUUCGAGAGGAGCUGGUCCGACUGAAGUCCUUUGCCCUGAUGCUGGUGGACGAACGGCAGCUCCACAUUGAGCAGAUCGACCAGCAGAGCCACAAGGUCCAGGACCUCAGCCAGAAGUUGCAGGAGCGGGAGCAGCGCCUGACCGCCGUGACCGGCACGGCCCUGGAAGACAGCCAGAAGGUCCUCAAGCUCGAGGUGGACUUGGAGCACAAGGCCGCCAAGUUUUCCCAGGAGCAUGAGGAGAUGACCGCCAAGCUGGCCAACCAGGAGUCCCAGAGCCGCCAGCUACGCCUGAAGCUGGCAGGCCUGGGCCACAGGAUCGAGGAGCUGGAGGAGAGCAACCGAGCUCUGCAGAAGUCAGAAGAAGACCACCAGGAGCUGAGAGACAAGAUGAGCAAGGGGGAAUGCGGGAACUCCAGCCUCAUGGCGGAGCUGGAGAGCCUCCGUAAGAGGCUCGUGGAAAUGGAGGGAAAAGACGAGGAGAUCACCAAGACGGAGAGCCUUUGCCGGGAACUGAGAAAGAGACUGCAGGACGAGGAGAGCCAUGGCAAGGAGCUGAGGCUGGAGGUGGACAAACUGCAGAAGAGAAUGGUCCAUCUGGAGAAACUGGAGAGCGCUUUUAACAAGAGUAAAACCGAAUGUUCACAGCUUCUUAUAAACCUGGAAAGAGAAAAGAACGUGGCGAAGGAUCUGGCUGCUGAGAUGGAAACGGUGAAAAGUCGUGUGAGAGACCUGGAGGGUUCGGAGUCAAGACUCGAACAGGCGGAAAUGGGACUGAAGGAUGACCUGAUGAAGCUCAAGUCCUUCACAGUGAUACUGGUGGACGAGAGGAAGAACAUGGCAGAGAGAAUCAAACAGGAGGAGCAAAGAAGUGACGAUCUGAGUAAGAUGUUCAAAACGGAGCAAGGCAAGGUCAUGGAGGUCACAGAGAAGCUCAUUGAGGAGAGCAAAAAGCUCCUCAAACUGAAAUCGGAGAUGGAGAUCAAAGUGACAAGCUCGACUAGAGAGAAGGACGAACUGAAAACAAAACUCGCAAGUGAAGAGGAAAAGUGCAGGGAUCUGACAUGCAAGGUGAGCGCAAUGAAAAAGCGUAUGGACGGCCUGGAAGAGGCGGGGAGAGAAUCGAGAACAACCAGGGCCAACCAGGACAACUACAGACACCCCGACGAGGACAACAAAAUCAAGGAGCUGACUCUGGAAAUUGAGAGACUCAAAAACCGCCUAAAGCAACUCGAGGUGGUGGAAGGUGAUCUGAUGAAGACGGAGGACGAGUACGACCUGCUGGAGAAGAAGUUCCGAAUGGAGCAGGACAAGGCCAAUGCCCUUUCCCAGUUGCUGGAGGAGAUGAAGGGUCACGUUGCCAGGAACAAGGCCAUUGAGAAAGGGGAGGCCGUCAGUCAAGAGGCUGAGCUGAGGACGCGAUGCAAAAUGGAGGAGGCCAAGACCAGAGACCUUCAGGCAGACGUCCAAGCCCUGAAGGAGAAGAUCCACGAGCUGAUGAACAAGGAGGACCAGCUCUCCCAGCUGCAAGUGGACUACUCUGUUCUCCAGCAGAGGUUUAUCGAGGAGGAGGACAAGAAGAAGGGCAUGAUCCAGGAAGUGGCGAGCCUCGCCAAGGAGCUGGAGGCCACCAAGCGCUACAGUCGUGCCUUGAGGCCCAGCAUGAACGGCAGGAGGAUGGUGGACGUGCCGGUCACCUCUGCCGCUGUGCAAACAGACCUGGUGACCAGUGAGCCUGUCGAAGAGGAAACCCCCGCGGUGUUCAUCAGGAAGUCGGUCCUGGAGGAGAACCACAUUAUGAGCAACCUGAGGCAGAAGGGUCUGAAGAAGCCCACCGUUCUGGAGCGUUACCCGCCUGCUGCCACGGAGCUGAACAUGAGAAAAUCCUGGAUCCCCUGGAUGAAAAAGAAGGAGGCGAUUACUGUAACUCAGACCGGCCCCGACAAGGUGACCUCUCUGGACAACGAGGAGUCCUUCCUUCGCCCCCCUGAGGUGACCAUGUCCCAAAAACCUGGCCAGCCUCUGCGCAUCCGAGUAACCCCCGACCACAAGAACAGCACGGCCACCUUGGAGAUCACCAGUCCUCGAGUCGAGGACUUCUUCUCCAGCACCACCAUCAUCCCCACCCUCGGCCUGCAGAAACCGCGGAUCACAAUUGUCCCCAAGCCCACCACCAUGUCCUCUAAGAGUAGGGCCGGCGAAAGCUUGGGGGAUCCAGAACGGUCCAAGUCUCCGGUCACCAUAACCACCAUCUCCAGGGCCAAAUCCCCUGAGGAGCGUCGGAGCGCCUCCUCAGACACCGGUGCCUUCUCCCCCGUCUCCAUCAUCACGGUCAGCACCACCCCAGUGUCUGAGGCAGCCUCACCGGGGAACCACGAGAUGACAACCGGCCACGCCGUGUUCAAGGUGACCCCAGACAAGCAGACAGUGCCGGCUCCUGUCAGGAAAUACAACUCCAACGCAAACAUCAUCACCACCACUGAGGACAACAAGAUCCACAUCCACUUGGGCCCGCAGAUCAAGCGGUCUGCAGAGGGAGGCAGCAACAGCAGUCCCAUGGUCACGGUCAGGCCACUGACCGUGAGCACAGAAAGCAAAGACAUCGCCACAGGGACGGUACUUCGCUCGCCACGACACCCGAACGCCACCCCGGGAAAGACCACCCCCAGCAAGGUGACGAGCAGCAUCACCAUCACCCCCAUCACUUCAGCACCCUCCAGACCGACACAGUCAGUGUUGCUUCUGAAAUGUUUCAAAAUGAUAUCAGGUGGUGUGUGCUCCCUAGAUAGCACUCUAUCAAGUCCGGUUCGGAUGUGCAGUCAACUCGGGCCGCGGCCACACGAAUCCCUGUGUCAAAAGGAAAUGUUAUGCACUAUGUGAUUGAGCCAAGAUGAUCAUUGAUGUGGAUUUUUCCUUCACCUUCUCUGACAACCACCCUGGAGUGCAACUCUUUUGUCAUUGUGUACUGCCACAGUCAUCAACAUCCACGUAAGGGAAAACAUUGAGCUGAGGGGUCUUGAGGGGCUGUCGUGUGUGCAGUGUCCAUGACAUUUCUGACAGGAAUUGGGUUGGGAUCUGACUGAGAACUAAGCCAAAUUAUCCUGGAGAGAUACAGUAUACACAUGUGACUGAGUAGUUGUUCCGGAGUGCACGUAAAACCCCUAAAUAUAUAUUAUCUACAGUGUGUAAAAAGAGGGUGCAAUUUAUAAUAAGCCAAAUUUAAAUGACUAAAGUAUGUGACAUUGAAAUAGCCAAUAUUCUCUUCAGGGUAAAUUGAGGCAAAUUUUGCAUAUUGACAGCUUUUGAGUGAGCCACAUUUUGAUGGAUUGAUCAAGAUAAGAUAGGGAGUGAUUACACUGAACACAAAUAUUGUUAAAAAAUUGUUACAAUAUUUUUCAGUCACUAUAGUGUUGUGUAAAAACAGAGAGUUACAUUUCUUAAAAUUAUAAUCAUCCCUACACAUGAUUUGAUGAUUUAAACUAUUGCUAUUGUUAUAAAAGUGCUUGUCAUGAAGAGGUGGAGGAGGCUGUGGGGUGGCCUUGAAUAUACUGGCAUUUUACAGUACUUGCAUUUUCGGUUCCCACCAGGUAACAGAACAAGCACAACAUCUUUCCUGAGAUUAAUCAAUUUCUGUUUUGUAUCUUGCAAUGUUGAACUUUUUGAAGCAGUCAUUAAACAAGCAUACUUGCAUUUCUUUUGUGACGGAAUAUGAUGUAGCCAACUGUAUUGUGUGGAUUAUUGCAAUGACAAGCUAUUUAACUAUACAGAGCAUCCUUUUACUACAGAUCUCUGCUUGUGUUUGACCCAAUAAAGCACUGUGGCAUAUUUUGUCAUCA